AUGCACUUCAAGCUGUCCUCCUUCCUCGCUGCCGCUGCCCUCCGCGCCACCUGCGGAUCUCAGGCCGGCCCCAUGGCCUACGGUAUUUGCCAGACCGGCUGCAACAAGGGCGUCGUCGCCUGCUACGCCGGCGCGGGCUUCACAUUCGGCUCAAUCUCCACCGCCGGCGUCGAUGUCCCCGCCGCCAUCACCACCUGCAACGCCACGCUGGGCGUCUGCUUGGCGGCCUGCGCCGCCGUCACGUUCUUUCCCUCGACGUAG